AUGAAAACGAUUAUUGUACCUUUUAGAGAUGUUUGGUCUUGGAUCAUCUGCGAUGGAGACGUCGAUCCAGAAUGGGUGGAAUCCCUUAACUCCGUCCUGGAUGAUAACCGUUUAAUGACUCUGCCUUCCGGUUGGAGAAUUCACUUCCGUGCGAACGUCAAUUUCGUAUUCGAAACUCACGAGUUAAAGAACGCCUCGCCCGCUACCAUUUCCCGAAUGGGAAUCGUCUAUUUAACUUCUCCGAAUUUGGACGAUUUCCUUAAGAGCGUCUCGGAACGUUUAGAGGAAGAGAAACGAGGUUAUAUAGAACCUUUGUUGAACGAAUAUUUUGCUAAGAGCAUCGAAUGGGCAAUGAGUAAUGGGGAAUCGACUUUAGAGAGAUCGAUAAUAUCGGUUGCCAAAAGUGCCUUAAUACAGAUGAAAGAUUCGAGCAGUAAGCAGCAAUUUAUUGUUAAUCUGAUAAAUGGGAUCGGGUCGCAACUGAAGUUGGAACAUCGGCAAACGUUUGCUGAACAAAUUUUCGAAUGGACCGAAGAAACCCCACCUCCUCACUUACUAAAACUGUUCUACGAUAAGAGCAGUGAGUCUAUUGAUACUUACCGUACCGAUCCGACAAUUAGUGCAGAUAAUAUCGACCGCGGAAUACCACUGAUCAAAACUGGACAAGUGUUGAAAUAUUUGGAUAGCAUUGGGGAAUUGCUGAAGGAAAGCUUAGGGGAGCAUUUUCUUAUGGUGGGUCCUCACGGAUCGGCUAAAAGGUUAUAUAUUCAAGAAGUGCUUCAGGACCGUUCGGACGUCGAAUUAGUGGAAAUCCAUUGCAGUCCCAAUUUGUCUACGAAUUACAUUAUGCAAAAGCUACUUCAGAAAUGCUUCUCUGUCAAUACCUUUAAGGGAACAGUACUUAAACCAAAGAAAGGACAUCUGGUGUUAUAUUUGCGUAACAUGCAUUUAUUAGCUCCUGAUCGGUGGGGCAGUAACUCCAUUGUGGAAUUUUUAACUCAACUGAUCGAAUACAAUGGUUUUUUCAACCCUAAAACCGAAUUUAUCCAAGUGGGCGGGAUACUUAUCAUAGGAACUCUACUAUCGUCCCAGAAAAUAUCUCCUCGGUUUUUAUCCAAGCUUCAUCUUAUUAACGUAGAAUUACCGGAUCAAGAAGACUUAUCGGUAAUCCUUGUAGCGUAUUUAUCUGCCAUCAUAAAAUCCUACUUUCCGACCAUCAGUUUCCCAAAGCCUAAAGUGGUCAAAUUGGCUUUAACGUUAAUAACGUUAUAUCAAAAGGUGCAAGAGAAAUUCUCAAUGCAAAACCGGAAUGUUGGAUCAGUGAGCCCUCACGAACUAAUUAGGUGGGCCACGAACUUUAAGUACUAUUCUACCCUGGACGGAUCAGAGUUUGAAGCUCAUAUUUUAGAAGUAUUAUGUUACGAAGCGAUAAAAAUAUUCGGCGACAGGCUCUCCCGACCAGAAGAGCGUCAAUAUUUAAUCUCCAUACUUAAUGACGUGAUAAAGUCACAUUGGGAGGUUAGUGGAACAGUACAAAAAGCCCUAAACCACUUUUACAUUCCAAAGUUAGAUGUGCCGAGCAAACGGAUUAUUUUUGACCAAUACAACAAAGAAAACUGGGAGGCGGAAGUGCAAAGAGGAAUUGUUCAAUAUGGAAAAGAAAACGAAGAACAACUGAACACAAUCGUAAACGACGAAAUUCUACUUCUUACCUCCGCUGUGGUCAGAUCAGCAGUGCUAGAGGGUCACCAUUUGCUGCUAAUCGGCAAAUCCGGAGUCGGGCGUAAGACGAGCAUAAAAAUCACAUCGGCCCUGCAAUCCAAGAGGAUAAUCCAUCCCACUAGUAUGAGUUAUCCCUUAUUCCAUAACGACUUAAAAAUGGCGGUUCAAUUGGCAGGCCUAGAAGGCGAGGACGUCUUCCUAAUCCUGGAGGAUUUCAUUUUUACAAACGACCAGAACUUAACCAUCGUGAACUUGUUGAUGUGCUCAGGCGAAGUGUCGGACUUGUACUCGGAUAUCGAGUUCGAGUCGAUUAUUAAGGGCCUCAAAGAUAAAUCUGACACCGAUAAUUUUGAAGGGGAUCUAACUGAUUAUUUUGCCAAUAAUAUCAGAAAGCGGUUGCACGUAUUCAUAUGCCUGGACGAAGAUAAUCGGAAUAUUAUCCUGAAAUGUCCGGCCUUUUUUCAUAAUAGUGGCGUCCUAUGGUUGGGUGCUUGGAGUGAUGACACUGUAAGGGCAUUUCCUAGCAAGCUUAUUACAUUGUUGGGAGGCAUCGAUAGCCAAGAAUCCAGCGAGGCAUUCCACGCAAUUUAUAAAUCGGUGCCUACGACAACGCCCACGCGCUAUAUCGCCAUGAUUAAAUUCUACUUUAGCACAUGUAAAGAAAAAGAGUCAUCGAUUAAUGCUAAAAUAGCUAAGUUAGAGGGUGGCGUAUCGAAAUUAAACACUGCCAAAGAAUUGGUGAGCGAGUUGAAGCAGAAAGCGGCAGAACAACAGGAAAAGUUGGCGGAGAAACAGUCGAAGGCCAAUGCCGCCCUGGAUAUGAUCAGUAAUACGAUAAAGGGGGCGAACGCGCAUAAAGAAGAGAUGCAGGUGCUCAAGGCAAAAACGGAAAACGAAAAUGUGCAGUUAGUUAAGCGAAAGGCCGAAAUCGACAUAGAACUCUCAGAAGUGGAACCUCUCAUACAGGAAGCGAGGGCGGCCGUUGGUAACAUAAAAACCGAAUCGUUAUCGGAGAUACGCUCGCUCCGAGCACCACCGGAAGUCAUCAGGGACAUCUUGGAGGGGGUACUCAAACUGAUGGGAACCCAGGAUACGUCCUGGAAUAGCAUGAAGACGUUCCUGGCCAAGAGAGGGAUUAAAGAGGAAAUACGGUCUUUUGACGCUAAUAGAAUACAAACGGAAAACCGGCAAGCCGUUGAACGGCUGAUGUCGAUGAAGAGAGAUUCUUUUGACCAAAAGUUUGCUAAAAGGGCAUCGGUGGCUGCUGCACCAUUGGCUGCUUGGGUGGACGCGAACGUCAAAUAUUCCAAGGUUUUGGAUAAAAUAAGGCCUUUGGAACGGGAACAACAUAAAUUGAAAGAGAAUUUAAGUAGUGCCGAAAACCAACUGGUCGAAUUGAAUGCUAAUCUAUCGGAUGUUGAUGCAACCGUAGCGAAAUUAAAGGAUCAACUGUCUCAGUACACUAAAGAAGCAGCUGAAAUAGAAAUCGGGUUAAACGAAGUGAACCGAACGUUAAACGCGGCCGAAAGUUUGGUGUUUAAGUUGGAAGACGAGUAUAAAAGGUGGCAAGAACAGCUGGAUGAAUUUUCUGCAGAACUGUCUAUUUUACCUAAAAACUGUUUACUAGCGGCUGCUUUUGCAACGUUUUUAUCCAAGGAAGGGGAAAAUGUUAGAAGAGAUACGUUAGCCCAAUGGUCUGCACAGUUGGGAAACCCAAAGUUUGACUUCAUGUCAUUCUUUUCAUCGGAAAGGGAACAAAUCCAGUGGCAGUCGGAAGGAUUACCCAACGAUAAAGUUUCCUUGGAAAACAGUGUUGUUAUUAAAAAGGGAAAUUUGUUUCCUCUACUAAUUGAUCCAAACUCUAUGGCAGUCCAGUGGCUAAAAAACCAUUUGGCUAAGAGUAACCAAAGAGGUUUUGAACACGUAACAGUGAAUUCGUCAAAGUUUCACACUAUUGUAGAAGCAUCAAUAAGGUUUGGUAAAAUCCUGAUUAUCGAGGACCUAGAAGAAAUCCCUUACUCCUUGUUUGGACUGCUGCGAGGAGACUUUAUAUGCCAAGGGGAAAGAAAGAUGAUCCGUUUACAAGGAAGACAAAUCGACUAUCACCCCGACUGUAAAGUGAUCAUGUGCAGCAGAAACGAACAUUUAUCCCUACCGUCGGAAAUCGAGUCUUACGUGUGCGUCCUUAACUUUAACGUUACGUAUUCCGGCUUUGUUGAACAGUUAUUAUCGGCCGCUAUAAUGCAAGAAAAACCCGAAUUGGAGUCACGCAGAAAGCAACUGCUCCACGAAAACGAAGAUUUACAAGAGAAACUUUAUUCUUUACAAAUGCAGCUGCUAGACUGUUUGGCGAACUCCGACGGGAACAUUUUAAACAAUACUAACCUUCUAAACACUCUAAACGAAACUAAAUCCAACUCUGUGGCUGUAUCGAACGCUUUAGAGGAAUCUAAGAAGGUGUCUGCGGCUGUAAGGAAGGAAUAUGAGAUAUUUUUGGAAAUCGCCGAGUUUGCCAGCCAAUUGUACUUUUCUUGCAAGAUGUUUACCGAUUACAACAUUCUUUACUCACUGUCAGCAAGCGCUUUCAAUAGGCUAUUUCUCUUGUGCUUACCGGAUGGACAGAGUAAACUACAGGAAUCAGAAACCCAAAACAAGAAGCAACUGUUCGAAACCGUUUACAACUACAUGAGUCGAGGCAUGUUUAAGCAAGACCGACUUCCGUUUUUCUUUCACUUGAUGUACCGCAUGUACCCCAGCCAAAUACCCCGAGACCACAUGAAUCUAUUUCUAACAAACGGUGGCUAUCAGAGAGUAAUUGACGAAGAUUCCAAUGAUUUUCCUUCGUGGGUACCACCCGGUUGUAUUUCUAGUUUGCGCGGCCUUAAAAAUUCGUUGCCGGAACUUUAUUCCAAAUGCCAACUGAGUGAAAGGAACUUAUGGUCGGGCUUCAUGGAGUCGAUCGAGUGCGAAAAGGAGUUUCCCAAGCAGUUCACUGUAACGGAGUUUGAGAGACUGUUGAUCGUGCAAAUUUUACGACCCGACAGGCUGCUCAGUUCAAUAGAGAAUACUUGCUUACGCAUUUCGGGUCUUAGGACAGUUGAUCCGCCAGUGUUGAACUUACAUUCGGUUUUAAGUGAAUCUAAUGCAAACGAACCGAUUUUGUUAAUUACCACUUCUGGAAUGGACCCUUCAUCGGAGAUUUGUGAGUUGGCAAAGCAGAUUAAUCAAGGAUUCGAGGAGAUUAGUAUGGGUGAAGGCAAAGAAGCUUUAGCCUUAACGAAACUGGAAACUUGUCGUAACUCGGGCAAAUGGUUAAUCCUAAAAAAUCUGCAUCUGGUCUCUUGCUGGUUACCCACCCUUGCUCAGAAUGUGAAACACAAAGUUUCCUCAACUGCAUUUAGAUUAUGGCUGAUUUCCGAGACGACCGAUAAAUUCAACGCGGUACUGGCCCAAAACAGUUUGAAAAUCGCUUACGAAGAGCCGCCAGGGGUCGCCAAUAACAUGCGCAGAAUAUACUCAUCCUUAGGAGAGAAAUAUGAUAAUAAACUCAACAGAACGUCUGCCAGGAUAUUUUUCGUGUUUACGUGUUUGCAUGCCAUUCUUCAAGAAAGGAGGAAAUACAUUCCACAGGGCUGGCUGAAAUAUUACGAGUUCAAUCACACCGAUAUGCAAACAAGCUUAAACCUAACGGAAGAUCUCUGGAACGUUGAUACAACUAGAGUUCAAUGGCCAUCUAUCACGGGAUUAAUCAAUGAAGCAGUAUAUGCUGGAAGAAUUGAGAACGUUGACGACUUAAACAUCUUGAACGGUUACCUCAAAAUAUAUUUUAGAGACGACGUGCUAAGUCAUAAGUGGAAACCGUAUGGGGUGACUGUUAGUUUGCCAAAUUCCGGAGAAAACAAGGAAUAUUUACAAGUGAUUAAGAAAUUGCCAAACAAAGACUCUCCGUCUAUGUUUGGGCUGCCUGAAAAUAUUGAUCGGGCAAGGGAGAAACAGUUGUCAUAUGAGAUCAUUAAAAGCCUAAAAGAAUUCUACCAAAAGCAAACCACCACUUUUAAAGACGUAAACUUCAAGGAGCUACACCCCGUCUUCAGUAUGUGGAAGAAGCUGAACCAAGGGUUCGAUUUUAUUAAGUUGACCCUCACCGAGGAUUAUCAAGGGGAAUCUGCCGUAGGACGGUUUAUUUUCGAAGAAUACACCCGAGGGGUCACCUUGAUUCAAACCAUACAUAAAUGCUUCACUAACUUGAAUAAGAUGUCCAAGGGUGUUGCGGAAGCAGAAGAGAGUUAUGUGGCGAUUGUACGGAGCAUUUUAAAGUCUAAGACUCCAAAACAGUGGCUUAACGUAUGGGACGGACCAAAAGACUCUAGCCAAUACCUACAGGACCUAUUGCAAAAAACCGCCUAUUUAGCGACCCUUAAACUGAAAAACACCCUGGACCUUAUCAAGCAACCGCUCAAAUUAGGAUUGUUUUUUAAUCCCCAAUCGAUUUUGGCAUGUUCCAAGCAGGAUUACUCCAGAUCAUCUAAUGUCCCUCUGGAUAACUUGGGACUGCAUACGACUUGGGAUAACGCCGCUAACACUGCGAUUGUUUUAUCACAUUUGUUAAUCGAAGGGGGAAUUUUAGAGAAUAAAAUGUUAAAAUUAUGCAGAAGCGACUCUGAGAGUAUCACGACAGUUCCUUGUUGCUACUUAAGUUGGAUCGAAAAGGUGCGAUUACAGGACGAAGACUACGCAAAAGUCCCACUUUACGCCAACACAAAAAGGGAAAAUAAAAUAAUUACACUGGAAAUAGAGUGCGACGCUAACUAUAGGGAUCAAUUUAUUUUAAGCGGCUUAGCCUUUUAUUUAAAGCAUUAACUAGGAUGUAGUAAUAAAGUUAUUUAUUGGAACAAAAA